CACACACUUCAACUCUUCCGUUAAAACAAACCAAAACACCUUUUCAAUCUUCUCAGCUUACCUUCAAUACCAACACCAGAAGUCCCCUCCUAAAAAAGAAAAAGAAGAGAAAAAGAAAAGAAAAGAAAAGAAAAGAAAAUAAACGCAAACUUGAAAAUGCCCUCCCCGCAUCUUCAAUACAUGCGCAAAUGCCUCUCCAUCGCCGAACAAUCGCCCCCGCGUCCCACCAACUUCCGUGUUGGCGCCCUCCUCCUCUCCCGCAAAGAAGGCAACCUCACAACGGAGGAUGACGAGAUCCUCUCCACCGGAUACACCAUGGAACUAGCCGGCAACACCCACGCGGAACAAUGCUGUCUUUCCAACUUUGCCUCCGUCCAUUCCACCCCCGCUGAGCGCAUCGCAGAAGUCCUCCCUGACGUCCCCGGUCGCAAGCUCAUCCUUUACGUGACCAUGGAGCCAUGCGGGAAACGCUUAUCUGGGAACUUACCCUGCGCCAAGCGCAUCGUCCAGACGAGGGCCGGCGGCCGACGGGGUAUCCAAAAGGUGUAUUUUGGGGUGAAGGAGCCCGGGACCUUUGUUGGGCAGUCGGAGGGAUGUCAGAUGUUGACGGAGGCAGGGAUUGAAUGGGAACUCGUGCAGGGACUGGAAAGGGAGAUAUUGUCCGUGGCAACGGCGGGCCAUGAGAAUAGGGAGGACGAGGUGAGGGCUGCAUUGGAGGGCAUCGAGACGAAUUUGGAUGAUGUUAGUGAUGAGGAGCGACAGAGGCAGCAGCAGAUACCCCGGAAUCCGAAGAAGAGAAUGAUGGAAGUGAAUUUGUCUAUUUAAUGAGAAUUAAUGAUCAUGAUUGUCAAGUUCAGUUUUCAAGCUUAAAUCUAGAAUGGGGAGAGCUGUUUACCGCAUUUGGCAUGUAUUUCAAUCUUCACGAGAAGAAAGAUGAAAUAACCAUCUAACAACUUUCAAAUAUAGUAUCCUGUUCAUGCA